CCACAUAUUCAUUUCCCUUUCUUCCAAUCUCAUCAUUACUUCAUCAACAAACAAGCAAUAGGUAAGAGUCUUUUCUAAAACUCCAUCAACGCACAAACAAACGAUCCACUUUUCUUAAAAGUUUUGUCUGUCGAAGCUUUUCUACCAUCCUCCUUAGAACUCAAGAACACAUCAUACAACUUAUAGAACAAAUCCUGUUCGUGUAAGGUCGUAGUAGGAGGUUUCCACCGUCACAUUCUUCCUCUUCUUUCUCUUCAUUAUAUAUAUAUUUGUGUAUAUAUAAUCAUUUUGUUAAAUAAUUGAUUUUGUCAUGUCAUAUCAUAUUAUCACCCACUCAUUCACUACUCUAUUUCCACAUGUAAUUAACUUAACAAUCAUAUAUUAGAGAAAAAAGAAAACCCAAAAACCCAAUAGAAUAAUAACAAAUAAUAUCAUAUCAACCCUCUUGAAAUCUUUUAUAUAUAUAAUAAAAAUAAAAACUUCCCCAUCCAAUAACGUUUCUCACAAAACUCUCUAUCUCUCUUUUCUUUCUCUCUUUCUUUCUGUCUUUCCAUUAUGAAACUCCACAGCAAUGAAGUUCCAUCAGGGAAAAACUACACCCUUUACAAAACAUUAGCCAUAGUUUUUAGUUUAGUGAUUCUGACAGUGAUUCCUCUGUUAUACAAUCUCAUAAACUAUUACUCUGUUUUCAUUCUCAACAAUUCACCAAAAUCUCCAUCAAGUCCAUACUCAUCAAGCAGUAGUGGUAAUGGAAACAAUGGAGUUUUUGAGAAGUUGUCAAAUUAUGGGAAAGAAGAAGAAGAAGCAGAAUGUGAUAUGUUCGUAGGAGAAUGGAUACCAAAUCCAAAUGCUCCAUAUUAUUCAAGCUCGUCAUGUUGGGCAAUUCAUGAACAUCAAAACUGUAUGAAAUAUGGAAGACCAGAUGGGGGUUUUAUGCAAUGGAGAUGGAAGCCAGAUGGUUGUGAACUUCCAAUCUUUAAUCCUUCUCAGUUUCUUGAGAUUAUGAGAGAUAAAUCUUUGGCUUUUGUUGGUGACUCUGUUGGAAGAAACCAAAUGCAAUCUUUGAUAUGCCUUCUUUCAAGGGUGGAAUAUCCAGUAGACGAGUCAUACACGGCAGACGAGAAUUUCAAGAGAUGGAAAUACAAAACCUACAACUUCACAAUGGCCAGUUUCUGGACACCACAUCUAAUCAAAGCCAAUAUGGGAGAUGCCAACGGUCCUACUAAAACCGGUCUCUUCAACCUCUACUUAGACGAACAUGACCAAGAAUGGACAACUCAAAUCGACGAAUUCGACUACAUCAUCAUCUCUGCUGGCCAUUGGUUCUUCCGUCCGAUGGUUUUCUACGAAAACCACCGCAUUGUUGGUUGCCAUUACUGCCUCCUCCCAAACGUCACUGAUCUUGGAAUGUACUAUGGUUACCGAAAAGCCUUCCGAACAGCAUUCAAAACCAUAAACAGCUUAAAGAAUUUCAAGGGAAUAACAAUUCUAAGAACAUUUGCACCGUCACAUUUCGAGAACGGGCUAUGGAAUGAAGGAGGGAAUUGUUUAAGAACACAACCGUUUCGAAGCAAUGAAACGCAAUUGGAAGGGCAUAAUCUAGAGUUGUAUAUGAUUCAAAUGGAAGAAUAUAGGAUUGCAGAAAAGGAAGGAAGAAGAAAAGGGAAGAAAUUUAGGCUUCUUGAUACGACACAAGCAAUGUUGUUGCGGCCGGAUGGGCAUCCGAGUCGGUACGGGCAUUUGGCGAGUGAGAAUGUGACAUUGUAUAAUGAUUGUGUUCAUUGGUGUCUACCGGGGCCUAUUGAUGCUUGGAGUGAUUUCUUGCUUCAGAUGUUGAAGAUGGAAGGGAUUAGAUCAGCUAGGGAUAGGUUACAGUUUGGUUAGAGCUAGGCUAGACUUCAUUUAUAUUGUUUUUUGUUGUUUUUCAUGAUCUUCUUUUGGGAUUUGUAUAAUAAUUUGUUUGUAUCAUUGUUUAUUUUUAAGUUGUAUGUAUGUAAUUAGACAUUGUGAAAGAAGUAAUAAGAGAGCAUAAUUUAAUUAAA